AUGGCGAACCGCAUGUCCAUGUUCUCCGUGAGCUCUGAGGGCCCGGGAAAUCAACGAGCAGGCGGUCCCCAGACUGCCCAGGUUUCGACAACGACUUUGCUAAAUGCGAUACAUAACAUCUAUCUCGCCUCUCGGCCCCAUCAACUAGAAUCCAGCACCAGCUUGGUGGUUAACACAUGGCUCACGGCUGCUCAGGGUAAUCCCACGGUUGACACAACGCUGGCCUCCAAAGCAUGGGAGCACGCACGCCGACGAGCCGAAGAUGGGUGUGUGAUACUCGGCUCUCUUCACCAAUCUACUCCGUCGGUCCUGACGCCGUUCCUCACGAGCUUUCCGUUUGCUCUCCCGUCUUCAUUAUACAAGGCGCUUGAUGCUGUUCAACCAUUUCUGCGAUGCGUCACCCCGUACAAUCCUUCCACGCCUCGCCAAGCAGCAUUGGGUGUAACCUUGACCCUGAACUUGACUGGCAAUCUUACCGCCGCAUCCCUCGCUUUAUCUCAAGGGGGCAUCGACACCGUCAACGGUUUGCUGAAUAUCCCAUCCGAGCCAGGCUACCGAGCAUUUGAUGUCUUUUACUACCUCCUGACAUCUGCCUCGACCCCGGCUGAGAGAGAGUUCUUGGGGCUGCAGAGUCCUUCCUCCUACACCUUGCUGUCAAGAUCUGGCACGUAUGAUCCGCCUUCUUAUCUGCCUACCGCGGAUGAUGGUGCUUCUGCCGACGAUUUCCGCCAAGCCCUCAAAGAUAUUGGCAUAAAGGGCUCUGCGCACAGAAACUUCAUCUCCACCUUGGCUGGUCUGCUAAAGCUCGGAAACACUCUAGACUAUGGAGUAGAAUCAGAGGCCCUCGAAGAGACCUGCGAAGACGUCAGUGGCCUCCUCGGUAUUGAGCCCGAGACACUUCUUCGGCAGUGUAGCACUGAAGACCGAUGGACUUUUAUUGGUGGCUUGUAUGAGUCUCUCGUUGAUUGGGUCAUUUCAAAAGCAAAUGAUGCCAUCGCCGCUCAGAUGAUCCGAAUCAGGAAUGGCGAUGAGUCUCCCGACGGUCGUGGUGUACGAACCCCAACGUCCGAUCAAGCCUCUGGAGACACUGUGUCCAUCACCGUGAUAGAGGUGCCACACAUCACCCUUGGCAAGGCUCUCUCCAUGCGUUGCGUUUUUGAUGAUUCUCAAGGUAUCAAUGCAGAAAUGAUUGAGGACGGUGUGAAUGUGUCGCCUGCUGGCUCCUCAGUCGUUAGAGAAAUGCAGCAGGCCGUCUCGGACGUUGGACCGGACCUGGGUAUCAUGACAGGUCCUGAGGGUCGAGAGCGACAACACGAGCUAGAGAAGCGGGAAGUUGUGCUAGAAAAGAUUGCCUACGCUGCGGAGGAGAGUGGAUUCCUUCGCAAGCUGUUAUUCCCUAUCGAGGGUGAAGGUAUCAACCUCGGUCGCGCAGGCCGCUUUGACCUGCCUGCCGUGCUCGGAUCCAACCGUCUCUGGUAUCAUCUCUCUCUUCAUCCAACUGAUGAUUCUCCAACACAACUUGCUGCUCUGCCAUCUAUUACAUCUGCAUGGUCAGCAGGCACGGUCUCGCGCCAGCUCCGCUCGUGGAGACUUCCUGAAUGGGCAAAUCGACGCAACAGAAACCUCGACUUCACCGCGGACUUCGAUCUUGACGAGUUCAUCAGCCGCUAUGCUAUUCUCGGCUGCAAGGAUGGUAAAGACGGCAUCGAGAAUUGGGUUCUUGAACGAGGCUGGAGCAAUGAUGAGGUUUUUGUUGGCAAAGACCGUAUCUGGAUGCGGGAAGGCGCCUGGUGGGAGGCCGAGAGUAUGCUGGACCUAAGACCCGAACAUCACGACGUGAAUGGACCAGCAACGAAUAUCAACCCAUUCGGGUCUGGGUUUGACACAGGCUAUUCGGCCAAUGGCAGCGGCUAUUUCCCACCUCAGGCUAUGGAGCCCAGCUUCAACGGAAGCCAUGACCAGCUAAUGCACUCUCGGAACUUCAGUCAAAGCCAAGUGACGGUUGGACAGCAGAAUCCGCACGCUGCCCCCUCUAUUGCCCCUACGACAACGCGCAAUGUUAGCAACGGCGACUAUGGGCUGGGUAACAAGGGAGACACUUACAAAGACGACAUUUAUUAUAACCCUGAAGGGGAUUUUACAGGAACCAUGGACCCCGAACUCGCAAAAAACAAGAAGCUUCAAACCAAAGAUGUCUCCCAUGGGCGCCGCGUUUGGGUCGGUAUUGUAUGGGCCUUGACAUUCUGGAUUCCUUCCCCAGUUUUGCGGUACGUCGGUCGAAUGAGACGUCCCGAUGUCCGUAUGGCAUGGAGAGAGAAGCUCGUUCUGGUAUUUCUUAUUUUCUUGAUCAACGCCAUGAUCGUAUUCUGGAUUAUCUGGUUUGGACGUCUUCUUUGUCCCAACUUUGAUAAAGCCUGGAGCCAAAACGAGGUCAAAACACAUCAAGGUGAAGAUGAUUUUUGGGUUAGUCAGUAUGGCAAAGUCUACGACAUUACCAAAUUCUGGAGACAGCAACAUAGUGACACCGAUGUCAAGACUACACCGGAGAAUAUGCUACCUCUAGCUGGGUUCAACUUGGAUAACUACAUAUUUCCCCCCUUGAAUGAGGUGUGCCAAGGCCUGGGCAUUGCAGAAACAACAAGACUGAUUUUCAACGAAACUGCGGAGUUUAGUAUCGCGGUACAUACUUCGGGCUUCUACGCCAAUCCAACCAGUAAGCUGCGUGAUCCCUUGUGGUACUGGAACGUUUUUGAGCCCAAAAUCAAGGAAUAUUACAAAGGCGAUCUUGUCUGGGGUGAAGAUGACGUCAAAUCACAAGGAAACGACAUGCAGCGACCUUGGGCCAUAUACGGAAACCAAAUUUUCGAUCUUACAGACUAUUUCAAAACAAAAGAUGUAUACAAGGAUGCCCCCAUGUACAGCUUUUUAGAUGAGAGCGUCAGCGACAUUUUCAAGAACAACCCAGGCCAAAAUGUCAAAUCACUUAUAGACCAAGUCAUCCGGAACUCAGUUGGGAAUGAGACCCAGCACGCCAAGGUCAUGAACAGCUGGCUGUGCGUUCAGCGCAACUUUUACAAGGGUAUCACCGACUUCCGGGACUUUCCAAGAUGCACGGUGAAUAAUUGGAUUUUGCUUGCCUUCACCAUCAUUAUCUGUGCCGUUAUUUUGGUCAAGUUCGUUGCAGCUCUCCGCUUCACAUCCAAACGACGCCCCUCGCCACAGGAUAAGUUUGUGAUUUGCCAGGUCCCUGCCUACACGGAAGGUGAAGAGUCGUUACGCAAGGCAUUAGAUUCUCUCACGGCCUUGCAGUAUGACAACAAAAGAAAGCUGAUUUGUGUCAUUUGCGACGGAGUUAUCGUGGGUCAAGGCAACGACCGCCCAACACCAAAGAUUGUUCUGGAUGUUCUGGGUGUAGACCCCAAAGUCGACCCUCCCGCUUUACCCUUCAAGUCAGUUGGCCCCGGUAGCGAGCAACUCAACUACGGUAAGGUUUAUUCAGGUUUGUACGAAUACGAAGGCAAUGUGGUCCCAUACCUCGUUGUAGUCAAGGUCGGCAAGGAGUCGGAGCAGGGGAAGACAAAGCCUGGUAACCGCGGCAAGCGAGACUCUCAGAUUCUCCUCAUGAGCUUCCUCAACAGAGUCCAUCAUCGUGCUCCCAUGAAUCCUCUGGAACUCGAAAUGUUUCAUCAGAUCAACAAUAUCAUCGGCGUGGACCCCGAGUUGUACGAGUACAUGCUCAUGGUGGAUGCCGACACGUCUGUUAGCGAAGACUCUCUCAACCGCCUUGUAUCUGCUUGUGCCAACAACGCCAAGAUUGCCGGCAUAUGUGGCGAGACCAGUCUGGAAAACGAUGAAAAGUCUUGGACGACCAUGAUUCAAGUCUAUGAGUACUUUAUUUCUCAUCACCUCGCUAAGGCGUUCGAAUCUCUUUUUGGCAGCGUCACUUGCUUGCCUGGAUGUUUCACAAUGUACCGUCUCAGAACCGUCGACAAAGGCAAGCCUCUGCUCAUCUCAGAUGCUGUGAUUAGGGAGUAUGCCGUCUGUGACGUCGAUACUCUACAUCAGAAGAACCUGCUGUCGCUGGGUGAAGACCGUUACCUCACCACACUGAUGACAAAACACUUCCCGUACAUGUCCUACAAGUUUAUCGGAGAUGCUCAAUGCAAAACCGCCGCACCUGAAUCAUGGAGCGUUCUUCUGUCUCAGCGUCGUCGCUGGAUCAACUCUACAAUCCACAACCUGGUAGAGCUUAUGCGCUUAAAGGAAAUGUGCGGCUUUUGUUGCUUCAGUAUGCGCUUCGUCGUUUUUAUUGAUCUUUUCGGCACCAUCAUUCUGCCAGCUACAUGCGUGUACCUUGGCUAUUUGAUCUAUCGCGUGGCCUCACAUACUGGACAGUUCCCGAUUAUUUCCAUAGCCAUGGUGGCAGCAGUGUAUGGUCUGCAAGCACUCGUCUUCAUCCUCAAGAGGCAGUGGCAGCAUAUCGGCUGGAUGAUCAUAUACAUCAUUGCGUUUCCCAUCUACUCUUUCGUCCUUCCAAUCUAUUCAUUCUGGAAUCAAGAUAACUUCACUUGGGGAAAUACUCGUGUCGUCAUUGGAGAAAAGGGCAAUAAGCAGGUGGUUGCUGUUGAAGACGAAGGAUUUGAUCCUCGGUCCGUUCCCCUGCAAAGAUGGGACGACUACGCCCUCGUUAAUAACCUUCCCGGCCGCCGUGGUGGAUAUCAAGAGAAGCAAGACUACAAUUAUCCCGAUCAGUACGAGAUGGAUGAAAUUAAGUCGGUCUACUCUGCCGCCCCUCAAGGCUCUGUGUUGACUGGAAUGGGCGGGCGCAAUUCUUACAUGCCACCCCAGUCUCCAGCUCCCUUUGGCAACACGAACCGUGUUUCCAUGAUGCAGGGUCAGUAUCACGACGCUGCUGCAUCUAUCCGUAGGCAAUCUAUGAUGUCUUUGGGGACGCAGGUGCAGGACAUGCACCGAAGCCAGUCACCAUACCAAGAUCUCCCCGGAAACCGCGGUAGCCUUAUGAAUCUGCGUGGCCAAGGAAGCAUGACGCCUGCCCUGGGCAUGGCAGGAAACAGAGCUUCAUCCGUCAUGGGAUACACGGGCGGUCACCGUUCGCCUAUGGGACCCGACGCAAUGCAAUCCGCGACGUCAUUCGACUUUCAGCGCGGUCACGUCGGUGCGGAUGACACUGCUAUUGUGGAAGCUAUCCAGUCUGUUCUUCGCGAGGUUGAUCUUGAUACAGUAACCAAGAAGCAGGUCCGCGCCCUUGUCGAACAGCGUCUGCAAACAGAGCUGACGGGCGAGCGGCGUACAUUUAUGGACCGACAGAUUGAUCGCGAGCUUGAAACCAUGUAG